AUGUUAUCUGCCGAUGAUUUAUCAGACUUGAUCAAAAAAAGUGAUCCAUCCGUAUCUUACUAUAAUCCACUUGAAACAGACAACAACAGCUCAAAAAAAAGAAAACGAAGUGAACAUUGGAAUGGAUUUCGACGAAUAUUAGUAAAUGAUGUUAAACAAAAUUACAUUAUCUGUGGUAAUUGUCAAAUUUUACUGAAAUGGCGAACUGAUGACGGUACAAACGUAAUGAAAAAGCACAUGAUUGGAUGUAAAUCUCAUUCUGCUGUUCCAUCAUCAUUUAGUCAAUCCAUAUCUACGUUCUUCACAGUUGAUAUACGAAAUAAAUCACGUGCUACUCGUUUAGCAAAACAUAAAUUGAAAAAAGCUAUUGCAGAAUGUUGUAUUCUUGAUAGUCAUCCAUUUGCACUAGCUGAUGGUCCUGGUUUUCAA